UGCGGUGGAGAAUUCGUGUUCCGGACGAAAUUAAAAAUGGCGGGUCUUGUUGAUUAUGCUGCAGACAGUGGAAGUGAAGAAGAGACUGGAAAUGCCGUUAAUGAGGAGCUUCAAUUGCAUCUAAAAGGAACUUCAAGGUCAAUUGAGGAUAUGAAGAGUAAUAUGAAGUUGAAUAUUAGACCAGAAGUCACAUCUAAGAAUGAACAUGAUAAAAAGUUUUUAAUUGACCCAACCAGCAAACAACUUUCUUAUAAUCCUAAAUAUGAACAGCUUUUUGCACCGGUGGUUGGACCAGAAAAUCCAUUCAAAUCAAGGCAACAAAAAGCAACUAAGAAUACUUUAUCUGGUUUUGUGGAAGAAGCCCACAUAAGUGAUUUCCAGUUUGAUAACCAAAGAAAGACAUUCCACAGUUAUGGGUAUGCAGUAGACCCAAGUGAAGAGAAUGCAACAGGAGAGAAGAUCGUUGGUGACCAGGAGAAAGCAACCUCAUUGAAAGGUGUUACAGUUUUUGAAGACACAAAAGCACGACCUGGUGACAAGAGACGUCGAGAAGAAGUAGGACAACCAUCUGAUAUCGAAUCAUACAAAGGCCCCUGGGCGAAGUUUGUUGAUGAAGCUGAAGUUGCAAAGCCCUCUGAGGAAGAGCAAGCAAUACUUGAAAAAUACGAGGAGGCAAAACAGAAAAAGGGGAAACAAGAAGAAGAGAAAAUUGAAGAGAAAACGAAGUUACACAUUGCUGAUGCGUAUGAUUACCAGGGAAGAUCGUAUCUCCAUAUUCCCAUGGAUCUUGGCGUCAACCUUCUUACGGACGAUCCCCCUGAAAAAUGCUAUCUUCCGAAAAAGAGGAUUCAUACAUGGACUGGUCAUUCAAAAGGAGUGGCAGCUGUGCGACUUUUCCCAAAAUCUGGUCAUCUGCUCCUAUCGUGCAGUAUGGACUGCAAAAUCAAGUUAUGGGAAGUAUAUAACAAAAGACGUUGCAUUCGAACUUUCAUUGGACAUGGAAAGGCUGUUCGAGAUAUUUGUUUCAAUAACGACGGAACGAAAUUCCUAAGUUGUGGUUAUGAUCGGUGGAUAAAACUUUGGGAUACCGAGACAGGAGAAUGUCUUGGCAGAUUCAGUAACAAUAAAGUACCUUAUUGUGUUAAAUUCAACCCAGAUGAGGAUAAACAGAAUUUAUUCAUCACAGGGAUGGCAGACAAAAAAAUGAUAACGUGGGAUAUACGGGAAAAUGAAAUCGUCCAAGAAUAUGACAGGCAUUUAGGAGCUGUUAACACCAUCACUUUUGUCGAUCAAAACAAAAGAAUCGUGACAACUUCGGAUGACAAGAGCAUCAGGAUAUGGGAAUGGGAUAUUCCCGUCGAUACGAAAUACAUCGCAGAUCCAGGAAUGCAUUCAAUGCCAUCUGUCUCAUUGUCUCCGAAUCAAAAAUGGCUUGCGUGUCAAUCGAUGGACAAUCAAAUUGUCAUCUACAGCGUUUUAAAUAAAUUUCGUCAAAACAGAAAGAAAGUAUUUAAGGGGCACAUGAAUGCUGGCUACGCUUGUCAAGUCAACUUUUCACCAGAUAUGAAUUAUCUCAUAUCGGGAGAUGCUGAUGGCAAACUGAACAUAUGGGACUGGAAAAGCACAAAACUUUACUGCAAAUUUAAAGCUCACGACGACGUUUGCAUUGGUUGCGAGUGGCUUCCUCACGAGACCUCGAAAAUAGUGACUUGCGGAUGGGAUGGCCUAAUCAAGCUAUGGGAUUAAAAAAUUUGCAUCACUGCAGAAUUUUCCCUCUGUCUCCCGUUUGGUUUAUGCCACGAAAAACUGGAUGCUACUUCUGAGACAUGACACACAGUAUACAGAUAUCAUAGUGAUAGGAAUAAAGUCACUUAUGAAUGGACAUAUCUUACGAAAACAGUAUCGUAAAUGACAUCCCGUCUGUACAUACUUAAGCUCUUGUUAUCAUUUUCCAAUACAAACAUUUCUAGCUUAUAUGUGCAACACUUUGUAAAAUGAAUGAAAGUAAUCUGUA